GUAUGACACAAGUAACUUUUUCCAGCAACUGUUUAUAGAUUUAUUUCUCUUAGAAUUAACUUUAUCACAGUUCCAGUGUGUUAUACACUCAAUUUGCCUUUAAACUACUUAGAUGCUUCUUAAAACCUAAUUUACAGUUAAUUCAACUCUGAGUUUUACCAGCGGAUGCAAUUUAAGGCCCAAAUUCAAGCUCGGUGCCUCUUUGUCAUCAUCGGAAAAUAAAAAGCUACCUGAAGGUACCAAGUACAUCUGUGUAAACGAUACAACCCAAUGGGGCUAUGCAGCCAUUAUGCUGUUGAAUGUAGAAUACCAGAACAACAGCAAAGGAGUUUGUGAAGAAGACACAAGAUAUAAAGAUAUAUUUAUACUUGUUUAUUAGAGUAACAGAAGGCCUAUGUUGAUGUAACCUCAAAGGCAUGGAAGAAUCCUGCAAAUAAAAUAAAUCAUACUGGUUUGCAGCUGCAUGUGGGAAAUACAAGAAAUCUUUGGUUUAGAGCAGUAUAUGUCAUGAUUAGCAUUCAAUAUUAAGCUAUUUAAAUAAUACACAGGUUCAAAUGUUCUUGUUUAUUUCAAACGUGCAACAGCCGGAGGGCCAACUAAACCUAAACAUACCUGUAUCAACAUAGCAGAACAGAGGAACCUGACAAAGUCAGCAUGUAAAAUGCAGCCUUGUGAUUGGCUCAGCAGUGAUAGGGGCGGGGCCUACUGUGGAUUCAUGUUAAUGUGCGUUUAAAGAUUUGUGAGGGACAAUUAAAAAAUAUAAGAAAUGUCUAAUCAACCAAUGAUUUUGCAUGUCCUGUACUGUGUGCCACUGGCAAUAAGAAUCCGUAACCUAUCUAGCAAGUCGUCCCACUGUGAAGCAUGGUGGUGGCAGCAUCAUACUGCAGGAGGUAUUUGGAAGGAAGAUCAUAAGACCUCAGCCAGGAAGUUCAAAUUCAUCCAUUCUCCUUGUAACCACUUGUCUGGAGCUCAUCCCAUCUGUCACUGCAUCUGCCAGGCGGCCAAUGGAUUCGAGGCUUCGGUGCCAAACACCAACCGCUACGCCGCUCCGGAAGCUAAAGUUAAGUCUCCCAAAUGGACAGUGACCUAGAGUGUACUUCCAAAGUUGUGGCCUGACCUCUGUCUGCCAGAAAAAAUUUGCAAAGGCCCACAAAGCUGACUUGAUCACACCCGUCACGACAGGAGCAAAGGGCUGAAAUUCUUCAAACGUAACGUGAGAGAAACUUGUGGAAGUCUUCAUGAAACAUCUGACCCACGUUAAAGAAGUUAAAGGCAAGGCUACCAACUCUUGACACGCUGGGAAUGUGAUAAAAGAGGAAGAAGAAGGAUUUUGUCUUUCAUGUUAACAGAACGCGUGAAGGACUAUUUGUCUGAGGUGUGUGUGUGAGCGUCUCUCUCUCCGGCUGUAGGUGUCAGUAUGUCGCUGCUGUUCUCCUCAGUCACCGCUGUCUCAGUAUAAACUCUGACCUGGAGGCAGUCCUCAGAGGAGCACUCACUUUCUUGUUUCUUCCUCUGGAGUCACCUCAGUUCACGGCUCAACAUGCAUCGCCUGGUCAUACUUUGUCUCUCAUCUGUGACUCUUACACUCGGGGUAGAGAGCCAGCUUCCUCCGCCAUGUGACAAUGAGAUUUACUGCUGGGGCUCCAUCUUGCAUCAGAUCCAAACAGCUAAACUGUUUAAUGAUGAUAAAUACUUUGUGGACAUGAAACUGAGAGCAGCUCCUGACGUCGUUCUGUCCGCUUUCCGCAACCUUUCAAAUGUGCACCCAGAAGUCCCUCGCGACAAACUGCAGGAGUUUCUGGAUUCGUACUUUGAGGAGCCGGGGACGGAGUUUGCGACGUGGACGCCGCCAGACUGGCAUGAAGGGCCAAAGUUCCUGGGUGCAAUAGCCGACCAUAAACUACGUGACUGGGCAGGAAAGAUACACGAUCUGUGGAAGUCUCUGGGCAGGAAGAUUCGCAUCGAUGUCAGAGAUCACCCAGAGCUCUACUCUCAGAUAUACACCCCGCAUCCCGUCGUCGUGCCGGGGGGCCGCUUCAGGGAACUCUACUACUGGGACUCCUACUGGGUCAUCAACGGGCUCCUGCUGUCAGAGAUGAGAUGCACGGCCCACGGGAUGAUACAGAACUUCCUCUACCUUGUCAACAGAUAUGGCUUCAUUCCAAAUGGUGGGCGGAUUUACUAUGAAAGGCGCAGCCAGCCUCCAUUCCUCACCCUAAUGGUGGAGAGCUACUACAAAGCCACCGGGGAUAAAGAGUUCCUCAGAGAGGCUUUGCCGAUUCUGGAGAAGGAAUACGAGUUCUGGAUGCGGAACCGUUCCGUGUCUGUGAGGGCGCAUGGAUCAGAGCACGUCCUGAACCGGUUCAACGUGGAGGCCGACUUGCCAAGGCCCGAGUCCUACACAGAUGAUCUGGAACUGGCUGAGGGGCUCUCCAAAGACCAGAAGCAGCAGCUGUGGAUGGAUCUGAAAGCCGGGGCAGAGUCUGGUUGGGAUUUUAGUUCCCGCUGGUAUAUACAGACUCACAAUCACAGUCGCAGCAACGGCAGGCUCGGAGAAACCCGCACCAGCCAGAUCCUGCCCGUUGACCUCAACGCUCUGCUGUGCCGCAAUGAGAAAACUCUGGCGUCGUUUCACCGGGAGCUGGGUGACGGUGACUCAGCUGUGCGCUUCGACCAGGCUGUGACCCGCAGGCUGGAGGCCGUGGAGGCCGUGCUGUGGGAUGCUGAGAGGGGAGCCUGGUUUGACUACAGCCUGGUGACGCAGUCCAAACGCUUUGAGUUUUACCCCUCCAACCUGGCACCUAUUUGGGCGCAGUGCUAUUCUGGGCCCGAGUUUGAAGAGAAGGCAGUACAAUAUCUGAAGGGGAGUGGCGCUCUCCAGUUCCCCAACGGUGUUCCGACGUCACUGAACGACUCGGGGCAGCAGUGGGACUACCCGAACGCGUGGCCUCCUCUGCAGCACAUGCUCAUUGAAGGUUUCUCCAGACUGUCUUCAAAGGAAGCUAAGGAGCUAGCUUUCGAUUUGGCCCAGCGUUGGAUCAAGACGAACUGGUUGGCUUACACGAAGUAUGACGCCAUGUUUGAAAAGUACGACGUGAACGGCGACGGCAAACCCGGCGGUGGAGGAGAAUAUGAAGUUCAGCUGGGUUUCGGUUGGACCAAUGGCGUGGCCCUGCAGCUCCUGGACCAGUAUGGGGCGACGCUCACGUCAGGAGGGCGGCGUGUGUGCUCCGGCCUCCUGCUGCCUCUGGUCAUCUCAGCCGCUCUCAUGAUUCACUGAAUCGGAGGUGUCAGAAGCGCCUGACUGAAGGUUGGAUUUUAUUAUUCCCGGUCUCACUCUGGUCCGCAGACAGGCUCGAAAACAAACACAAACUGACUUUACAAAAGAGACUACGAACGUGCUUAAUUGACUCUUUUAAAUCAUACAUGAUCGAGAAGAAUUUUAUUUGCAGCGGGAAGAGAAUUUAUUGUAUCUAAGAAUCACUUUGAUGAAUCUUUUAGUAUUUAUCCUCUGAGGUAAAUGGUCCUUGGUGCUACCAGGAGAUGCAGAUCAUCCAAGCACUUAAUGCAGUCCGCUGGUGAUUAGGGCACAACAUUAACUAGUCCCAGAUAUUGAACUGACAUCAUAAGCAGUUAUUCACCUAAUUCAAUUAGAAACUUUAUCGCCGUAUUGUGGCCUAACUCCCACAGAGACGUUCUAUUCGCCGAAGUCGGGACGUAAAUGAGUUCAGUGUGUGAAGCUAAAUGGGAAGCGGCUGCAUUAAAUACAUUUAAAACAAAGCACUAUUUAUUUUAUGUGGUCAGUUGUGCGGUGUGUAUUGCUUUACAUGUCAGCCAGGGAGUGCUGGACUGAAGUGGUGUUCUCACAUCACAUGUUAAUUAUUGUUUGCAUUGUUUUAUAAAGGUCUGGGCCUGAAAUUAUAUAAUUUUCAAUAAACGCAGUAAUAAAAGUG